ACUUACUUUGAUUCUUGGCCCCUCUGAUACAACAUUCUCUUAAAAUACUGCCUGAGGUGUGGUUUUGGGUUACAUUCGCGUUUUAUCUGUUCAGUCGUAUUGGCAGGAAUAAAGCGACUUGUUUCUGUUGUACUUGAGUCUUAUGAAAAGGUGCCCAUAGUUUAGCGACAGUUUCCAAAGGCUUUAGUACCACCUCUAUUACAAAAUGGGGGACCCAAACUCCCGGAAGAAACAAGCUCUGAACAGACUUCGUGCUCAGCUUAGAAAGAAAAAAGAAUCUUUAGCUGACCAGUUUGACUUCAAGAUGUACAUUGCCUUUGUCUUCAAAGAUGAGAAGAAAAAGUCAGCGCUUUUUGAAGUGUCUGAAGUGAUACCAGUCAUGACCAAUAAUUAUGAAGAAAAUAUCCUGAAAGGUGUACGGGAUUCCAGCUACUCUUUGGAAAGUUCUUUAGAGCUUCUGCAGAAGGAUGUAGUACAGCUUCAUGCACCCCGCUACCAGUCAAUGCGCAGGGAUGUGAUCGGCUGUACCCAGGAGAUGGACUUCAUUCUUUGGCCUCGUAAUGAUAUUGAGAAGAUAGUCUGUCUCCUGUUUUCCCGAUGGAAGGGAUCUGAUGAACCCUUUAGGCCUGUUCAGGCCAAGUUUGAAUUUCAUCACGGUGACUAUGAAAAACAGUUUCUGCAUGUUCUGAGCCGAAAGGACAAGACUGGAAUUGUUGUCAACAACCCUAACCAGUCAGUGUUUCUCUUCAUUGACAGACAGCACUUGCAGACUCCAAAAAACAAAGCUACAAUCUUCAAGUUAUGCAGCAUCUGCCUGUACCUGCCACAGGAGCAGCUCACUCACUGGACGGUUGGUACCAUAGAGGAUCACCUCUGUCCUUACAUGCCAGAGUAAGGUACUGGCCAGCAAAACGGGGAAGAUCACAGAAUGCAGCAGUGGAUUUUCACUUUCCUCACCACUUUAUUCUUUCAGAAUUCAGAAGAAAAUGGACUCAUAUUCAGAACACUAUACAUUGUGAAACUUGAUCAUCCUGGAUUUUUUUUUAUCAUUUGUUUCUCAGAACUUUACAAUUUUUUUUAGGUGUUUUCUGCAUGGACCUUGUGAAAGAGAGGAUGCUCUGCACGUGUUUGCACUGCAUCAGCAUCUUACUAAAAUGUGAAAUGAAGGGACUGUACACUGAAACAAAUGUAUCUGAAAGCACAAGGUGAUCAUUUGUGGUGGUGUUCCCAUUUGUGCUGGUCAUGCCCUCUAACAUCUAUUAAUGUUAACCAUCAGUAUUUGAAGGGUGAGAAGUGAAUGUAACAGGUAUAAAAGCCUUACAGCUUUGCUGUUAGAGAUUGUGUCAAAGAGCACUAUAAUUCAUUUUAAUGAACAGAAAAGUGGCUAUUAUAAUAGAAAGUAAAUGUGGGAAAGAAAUCUUUCUUAAAAAAAAAAGGCAUCUCAUUUAAUAUGUAGGCAUUUUUUGCCUCCUUUAUUUUGCUGGGCCAUGUUUGUUUACUGGCACUUUUGUCUUGGAUCUCUUUCCCCAAGUUGCUGUAUAACUGUAUGAAAGUAUUCUUUUGAGUUGGAUACAUUUAUACAGAUGAGGCAGACCUGGAGUCUGAAGUAGCUAAAGCAGCUAAAAAUAAAGGAAAAUAAUAGCUGCAGAAACAAUGUUGGUAGAGGAUUAUUUUUUUUUCUUGAGAGUUGAGACUUCUAAACUUGCAGGUGAACUGUGCAGGAAAUACUGGUUUCUAAAACAUUUCUUAUGGAAAACCCAUUGAGGUUUUUUUCAUUUGGAAUAGACAUAAAACAAUGUAAAAUAGUGUUUGGAGUGUCAAAAGUUGGUUCUGACAACAUUUAAGAUUGUGCAAUGAUAAAAGGAAGACUACUGUAAAGUUUUGAUGACAAGGCUCUGCUUAAGGGUUAAGUACUUUACUGGAGUAAAACUGCAUAAACCUGCUCCUUUUGGAUAAAACUAGUGCUUACCUGUUUAAAACUUGUAUUUAGCUUUUGUUUGGAAUUGGAAAAAAUUGGAACUUAAAUAAAUUAGGUGACAAAUGA